AACAACCAGCAUCAUGCCUAGCUAUCAAAAUCUGCCAUUAUAUUCAGUGAAUGUAAAAACUUUUGUUAAACUAGGACUCAUCGAGUCAAGCAAUCCGACCAGACGUUUCCUGUUGGGCCUAAUAUUAAUUGUAACCUAUAUCGGGCAAUUAACAAAUUUGUUUUGGACAUGGAAUGUGGACAUUGGUGAGACGGGUUAUAAUUUCCACGUAUUGGCGCUUAUGACGCAUUGUUUUCUACGUUUUAUGGUCAUUGUGAGGAAGGACAAAAAAUUUGAACGAUUCUUUGAAGGCAUCGAGCAGUGGUACACAGAUAUCGAGCGCAAUGGAGAUCCACAAAUUGUGAGCACACUGCAGGAAAUCACCGAUAAAACACAGAAGCUGACACGCUUGAGCUUCUAUGCUUCUGCUGUAGCAGCGUUAGCUGUUUUCAUAUAUUCAUUUUCAUUUGAGGGACGCAGACUGCUGCUGACCGUGCAAUAUCCAUUCUUCGAUGUUCUCCAGACACCAUACUUUGAAUUCUUCUUUCUCAUUCAAGUGGUGUGGUUACUGCCGACUUUUUUGUUGAUUUAUCUGCCAUUUACAAAUAUUUUCCUUACAUCUCUUAUGUUCGGCGAACUGACUUUAAAGGAUUUAUGCUCGAAGAUUAGAAAAAUACAAAGUGAAAAUGAGAUGACCAUGUUAAAUGAGUUUAAGGAGUGUAUUGCAUAUCAUAAUAAAAUUAUCAAAUCUGAAAAUCCUCUACAGAUCACGGCUGGUGGACUCUACCCGAUGACUAUGGAGAAUUUUCAAGCAAUUUUACGUAUUUCAUAUUCGUAUUUUUCGCUGCUACAAGGGGUCAGUCAACAGUAAUCCCACUUAAAUGCUGUAUUAGUGCACUGUAGUUCAAAACUUACUUAAACACUAUUUUAGUAAACGAUCACAAAUGGUUUUUAUUUAUUUUUUUUUUCAUUUGUGUGAGGUGAAGAC